GUCUGUGCAGUACCCCUGGCACAUUAAACUGAGAUAAAUGUUUGAAAGCAUUAAGGUUGUAUUGUGAAUAUGUUAACUGCUUAACAAUUUCAGAACGUCAUUUUCUUUGAGACGUUUGUGCCUUCCUCCACGCUCACUGAACUGGGGAAUGAAGCCAGGCAAAAUGAACGGUGGUUCUUGAGGUGCUGGGAGCUGGCAGUGUCCAUGCUGCGCCGUGGGAGGAGUGCUUGCCUCUCCAGGGAAAUAGCUUUUGCACAUAGAUCCAACCUUCCUGGAUGGGCAGGUGGGAAAGAGGGGUUGUGCAGCUCGGGGCAUGGAGGAUGGCUGUGUCGGAGUUUCUGAAGCGUGCAUUGUUAAGAUCUAUUCCUGCAGGGAACAAAGUCAAAUGGAGCGGCUGAAACAAUUUCACAACUCCCCUUUUUUUCGCACCCUGGACAUAAUUGGUGCAAUUCCAAAUAACAGGUGGCAAAGUACUCGGGGGGCUGUUGUACAUGACGGGCAUUAUCAAAACCUGUUAUGCAAACGGCAUUCCACAGGCAGUCAUAACACUUCAGGCUUGUUCUUGUGCUCCUCUCAUAAAAGCAGAAUUGCACAUAGGGAAACGUGGGAGUGGAGGGAUUUGGGUUUUAUCUGCACUUCUGUUCAGUUGAGCCCGGGGAUCAGGGCAGAGAAGGAAUGAGUCACAUUUAUCCUGGGACACAGGUAAACCUGGUGCUGAAAAAGGAAAGGUAAACGUGUGUUGUUCAAUCCUUUCUUUGCAGCAAAGGUAGGAGCAGGUGGGGCUGCUGUGCCUUGCAGCAACGGGUGCUCUGUGCGUGUGCUGCUGUGUGUGCUGUGCCCAGCUGCUCUCUGCCGUCCCUCUGCUCUCUCUUAAGAGCCCUGUGCCCACUGAUCCUUCUCCUGGAAUUUGUUACCUGAGGGCCCUGCUCUACGCUCCCACAGUGCAUCUGGGGGGGGGGGGCAACCCCCCUGCUUUGGGGGCUCUGCUCGCAGCCAACCCCAGUGACUGAGCCAAAUGCAAAUGUGUCACAAUGAGCCCUCCAAUAUGCAUGACUCAUGUGAUAGGCCUCAAUACCUCAAUAUAAUAUACACCAAUUAAAGGUCCUUAAUGACAACAAAUGUGCCUGACUGUCUUCCUCAAAGCCUUCAGGAUGCUGGAGAACCCCAGGAAUUUAAAAGUACAGCCUUGACUAAUGACUGAGCCUGCUCCAGCCAAAGGCACAUCAGGCUUUGAAGAUUUGCUUUGAAUUGAUGGGGAGCAGUACGGUGAAGCUUUUGGAAGCAACGCUCCAGCAUCUUGCCUGCAGGACAGCCCACGCCUGCAUGCAUCUGCACACAUCCAUCUGCACAGCUGAGCUCGCUGGGGCAGGUUGCUGUUUGAAUUGCUGGUGGUGGCACUGGGUUGCUUCUCUAUGACAUGGUUUGUAUUGAGGCUGCUGACUGGGAGACCAGCUGGCCUGAAAAAAAAAAGUCUGACCUCUGCCAUGUAUCAGCCUGCUCAGUUCAAUGCAUUUUUCCCAAGAGGAAAGGAGAAGCUUACCAGUUGCCCAGAUACCCCAUGAUUACGAGCCUUGUGGCAGUGCUGUGUCACUGAAUUUCCUCACUGCCUAUGUUGGAAGCUUUGUCAGAGAAAUGUGGGUCUGUUUGAGCGCAAUGGAAGAAUGUCCUUACACACCUGGCACUCUGCCCCUCUGAUGCUGUUUCCAGGUGCUAGAGAUGCUGGUGAUAUUUUCCUGGGAUACUUUCUUGGUUAUUUCAUGCAAUGUUUUCUUAACAAAGUAAGAAUAUCCCACAACUUACAGCAGAGCACGGAAUGAAGAGGCUUGUGGCUGUGUUUCGUAAGGACUAGAAUGAUGGAAAAGAGCAUCAGAGACUUGUGACAUCAGUUUCUAAAUAAAUGAACCAUCCAAGUCUUAGUCACUGUGGGUGCCCCCUCUCUGGAGGCAUUCAAGAGCAGGCUGGGCAGGGCUGUGAGCAACCUGCUCUACUGGAAGGUGUCCCUGAACUGGAUGAUCUCUAAGAUCCCUUUCAGUACAAAUCAUUCUGUGACCUCACACAGAAGGUGGAUGUGUGGAUACUUCGAGGAAAAAAGAGCACUUUUGUCCUAUCAUUUCCCAAUGUGUUUAGAGACUGCAGAUCUCUUCAGGUGGUGGCCAAGCACAGGGGGAGGCAUUCAGCAGUGCCUUUAGGGGCUGCAGUGGCACUGCAGGUGAAGGCAUUCUAUGCAUUCCAAAUGUAUUCAUUUUUUCUGAUGCUUUUUUUUUUUUUUUUUAUUUAACAGAACUUGUCCUCGAUGUUCUGAAGAGCUCUAAACCUCUUGUGGCCAAUAUAUCAGCAGAGUUGGAGACGGAUCCAGAAAGUAGUAGGCUGAAAAAGCAAUGGCCUUCUCCUGUCAUCAAAAUCUAUGAGAUCUGCUCCAGCGAGCAGCUGGGUGGGCACGUCUGCCUGCUGGAUUACUACUGCAGGGGUCUCAUGUUGGCUGCUCCCUCACGGUCAGCUUCUGUGGCAAACCUCCACUCAUCCCACAGCGCCUCAUCUGCUGCAGGCUGCCUCUAUUGGCCACGAGCGAUGACUGCCACACAGAUCGCGCCUCCGCAUGACUCAUCAACGUCUGCAUCACAUGCAAACGAGGAUAAAGCAUCCGCGGUGCGCUGAGCUCUGGCAAUCGGAGAAGUUCCACUGAGGGAUGGUUGGUGUGAACUCAUCGAGGGAGCAGCCCCAGCAUGGCUGUGAAUGGGACGGAUGCCUGUCAGGAUGUGGGAGAAGCCCUGCAGAAGGUUUACCUUUCCACCAUGUAUAGCCUGGAGUUCGCUUUGGGUGCCAUUGGGAACAGCGUUGUUGUGCUUGGUUAUAUCUUCUGCCUAAAGGAGUGGAAAAAUGGCAAUAUUUACCUGUUCAACUUGUCACUGUCAGAUUUGCUGUUCCUGUGCACUUUACCGGUCCUGGUGAGCAGCUACUCCCGAGGCCGAUGGAUAAGUUCGAGCAUCCUGUGCUACAGCAACAGGUUCCUGCUGCACGUCAACCUGUACACCAGCAUCCUCUUCCUUACCGUCAUUAGCAUUGACCGGUACAUGCUCAUGAGAUACCCUUUCAGAGAUCAUGCACUGCAGAAGAGGAAGACAGCCUUCAUUGUGUGCAUUGCUGUUUGGGUCCUGGUGAUACUGGAGCUGUUGCCGUUGACCUUCUUCCUGGAGACAGUGUCACCAGCCAAUAACUUCACGUGCCUCGACUACGCGAGUUCUGGGGACCCAGAGAAAAGCCUCAUCUACAGUCUGUUCCUGACGCUCUUUGGGUUCCUUAUCCCCCUUGCCAUAAUGUGCUUCUUCUAUGUGAAGAUGCUGCUCUUUCUGAAGACCUGGAAGGAGAGGAGCAGCUCUGUCCUGGCUCUUGAGAGGCCGCUCACCCUGGUGGUGCUGGCUGUCACCACCUUCUCGCUGCUCUUCACCCCAUACCAUGUGAUGCGCAAUGUCCGCCUCGCCUCCCGCAUCCCAGCCCUCAACAUGUCCAUGUGCACCCAGAGCACCAUCAACACUGCCUACAUCAUCACCCGGCCCAUCGCCUUCCUCAACAGUGCCAUCAACCCCGUGUUCUACUUCCUCAUGGGGGACAACUUCCGAGAGAUGCUGAUGGUAAAAGUUGUGCAGGUUUUGGGCAGGCUGAAAAGCACGGACAAAUGAACUGCUGGGGAGAGCUCUGGCAAUGGAACUAGGGGAAAGCUGUGUGGGAGAACAUCGGCAGCAUGCACUGCUUUAUUCUUUAGAUAGCUUUGUUCAGGCAGCAGAACAUACAGGAGCUGAGUUUGUCACUGAAAGUGCCUAUUGCCAAUUUGUUUCCAGCAGGACAGAGGCAGGUCAACUGGCAGCGGGCAGCCCGACUCCAAACCCAGCAUAGGGUCUGCUGUGCUCUGUUGAGAUUGCAAAUAAAAUAUCAUUGUGACAUUUCUCAGCAGGAA